ACGCUCAAGUGUGAAGGGGUGCGGCUGCGCAGCUAGAGUGGGUUUUGCCGGUGCCCCUCCCCUCUUUCCCGCUGGGCGGGGACGACAGACUAGCCCAAGGCCAGAGCGAUUUCAGGACUGCAGCCAGAGCCUUCCCAGGCCUGCUCUAGUCCUCAGUCACCUCCGUGUCCUUCCCGCGGCCGGCGCUCUCAUUGGCUGGGUUUCAACCGCCCUUGUCUUCUAGGUCUGCAUCUGCAUUGCCAGGUAGGUGGAUGCCAGAGGCCGAAUCCACCUGGUUCUCUGGAAGCCUUCCCGUCACCCUUGGCACCAUGCUGUCCCCUCAGAGGGCUUUGCUCUGCAACCUCAAUCACAUCCACCUCCAGCAUGUCUCCCUAGGCCUGCACUUGUCCCGCCGUCCUGAGCUAAGGGAGGGGCCUCUGAGCACAUCCCCUCCUCCCAGAGACACAGGGGGCAAGGAGAGCAGGGGCCCCUGCAGCGGGCCCCUGGUGGACGCCAACUCCAACAGUCCAGCUGUGCCCUGCCGAUGCUGCCAGGAGCACGAGCCCAGCUUAGAAAUCCCGCAGGACUCCUCCCAGGAGGAGGAUGGGGCAGCCUCGCCUUCGGAUCCCGGAUGUUCCUCCUCUCUCAGCUCCUGCUCAGAUCUGAGCCCUGAUGAGUCCCCGGUCUCAGUCUACUCUCGGGACCUGCCUGGUGCUGAGGAUGUGCACCCUCAACCCAGCAUCUUCCCUCUGGAGCGGGGCUCAUCACUGGCUUCAGCAGGUCCUGGUACCUGCUCUCCGGACAGUUUCUGCUGCUCUCCUGAUUCCUGCUCCGUAGCUUCUUCCCCACCUGGCCCUGGCCUGGACUCGAACUGCAAUGCCCUGACCACCUGCCAGGACCUACCUUCCCUAGGCCUGGAGGAAGAGGAAGACAGUCGGGAGCAAGAUCUCGCUACCUCUGAGCUCUCGGAGGCGGAGGAUGGGAAAAUCGACGCUGGGAAAACAGAGCCUAGUUGGAAAAUUAACCCCAUUUGGAAAAUUGACACAGAGAAAACUGAAGCUGAAUGGAAAACCAACGGAAAUACUAACUCGAGCUGGAAGACGGAACCUGGGAAAUUCGACUCUCGUUUGAACACUAACACUGAUUCUGGCUCGAGAAUAGACGCAGGGAAAAUUGAUGGGGGAUGGAGAGAUGACGUCAACCAGGAGCCGGUGCCCCACCGGACAAUCACGUCUUUCCACGAGCUGGCCCAGAAGCGCAAGCGGGGCCCAGGGCUGCCCCUUGUGCCACAGGCCAAGAAAGAUCGCAGCGACUGGCUCAUAGUCUUCUCGCCAGACACUGAGCUCCCCCCGACUGUGUCCCUGGGAGGUUCUCUGGUACCUCCCCGAGAAGUCACCACCUUCAAGGAACUCCGGUCCCGAAGCCGAGCCCCGCCCCCGCCAGUCCCGCCUCGAGACCCUCCAGUGGGCUGGGCUUUAGUCCCGCCUCGACCCCCUCCCCCACCCGUCCCUCCCCGGAGGAAGAAGAAUCGGCUUGGGCUGCAGCCCAUAACAGAGGGGCAGCCGGAGGAGGGCAGGGCAGUGAGUCCUUCGGCUGGUGAGGAUGCCCUAGCCGCGAAGGAGCCCGAAGAGCCCGGCGCGCAAGCGGGCGUGGAGGCCGGUCCCCUGCUGCUCCCUCGGCCCCUGGUUUUCCGGUUCUCGGCCGACGGGCGCCCCCUGUUGGAGGGUGGGGGCGCAGGCUCACCUGGGUCCCUGCUAUUGACGCCUGUAGGAGAGUGGCCCAGCUCAGGGUUGCGGCUGCUGGGGGCACCGAGUCCCCCAGAGGAACAGCUGCUGCCUGUCCGCCUGUCCCCAGUGGGAGCCUAUUCGCCUCCGACUCGGGGGACCUUGCCUUGCCUGGCCAGCCCUGAGCUGGCCCUGCUGCUCUCCCCGCUCUUUCCCAGAAGUAGCACGUUCCCCGCCGCGGCUCCCCCUCCCCGCCAGGUUCCCGUCCCCCCGCGGCCACCACCACCUCGUCCGCCGAAGGCCCCUCGCUGGACCAGAAGGCCACCACCUCCGCCCAGGCUACUACGUAGUUCCUGGUCAUUCGCCGGUGUUUCCGGGGCCCAGCGGCUGUGGAUGGCAGAAGCCCGGAGUGGGACUGGCCAGCUGCAGGAGCAGAAGAAAGGUCUCCUGAUAGCCGUCAGCGCCUCAGUGGAUAAAAUCAUCUCACAUUUUGGGGCUGCCCGGAACUUGGUACAGAAGGCCCAGUUGGGGGAUAGCCGGCUGAGCCCGGAUUUGGGGCAGCUGGUGCUGACCACCCUCUGCCCGGCCCUCCAUGCCCUGGUGGCCGACGGACUGAAGCCUUUCCGUAAGGACCUAAUCACUGGGCAACGCAAGAGCAGCCCUUGGAGCGUGGUGGAGGCCUCUGUGAAGCCAGGCUCCUGCACGAGUUCUCUAGGAUCCCUGUAUAGCCAGGUCAGCCGUCUGGCCCCGCUGAGUAGCAGCCGCAGCCGGUUCCAUGCCUUCAUCCUGGGCCUACUCAACACCAAACAGUUGGAACUGUGGUUUUCCAGUCUCCAGGAAGAUGCAGGCCUACUGUCCCUCUUGUAUCUGCCCACGGGAUUCUUCUCCUUGGCAUGUGGUAGCUGUCCAUCCUUGUCCACAGAGCUGCUGCUCCUGCUACAACCACUGUCGGUGCUCACCUUCCACCUGGACUUGCUCUUUGAGCACCACCACCACUUGCCCCUGGGCCUCCCACAGGCCCCGGCCCCUUCAGGUCCCCCUCCUGCGCUCCAGCAGACUGUGCAAGCCAUGCUGCACUGGGGGGGCAGGUUGGCUCAGAGUCUCCGGGGGGCUUCAGGGGAGGCCACUCCAUAUCCUUCAGCAUCCCCAAAUCCUCCUCCACCAGGCAGCUGGUGGGAUCAGCUGACCCAGGCAUCCCGGGUCUAUGCUUCAGGGGGCACUGAGGGCUUCCCUCUUCUCCGGUGGGGAUCCAAGCGUCAAGGAACUGCAGCUGAGGGUGCACAGGAGAUAUCCCCAAACACAGAGCAAACGACGCCUGGCAGAGGCAUGUGGCUGGGGCGGUUAUUUGGUGUGCCUGGGGGCCCCCUGGAAAUGGAGAGUGGAGCCUUCAAGUCCAGGAGACCAUCUAGCUGGCUGCCCCCAACAGUGAAUGUGUUAGCUCUGGUGAAGCGAGGGAUACCUCCUGACACUCCUCCCAAGGAGCUUAUGGUCUCACCGGCCAGCAUGGUACAGGCCAACAGGGCAGUUCGGGCUCUCUGUGACCAUACUGCUGCAGGACCUGACCAGUUAAGCUUCCAGCGUGGGGAAGUGCUGCGUGUCAUUGCUACAGUGGAUGAAGACUGGCUCCGCUGUGGGCGUGAUGGUGUGGAGGGGCUGGUGCCAGUGGGAUACACUUCCCUUGUUCUCUAGCCCUGAUACUCUUUCCCUCUUCGGUGUGACUCCUGUCACCUCGGAAUGGUAUGGUCCAUGAAUACUAUCCAUGUAAACUGCCUAUCCCAGAAACAUUUUUCCAUCUGCAAAAUAACAUUUCUUCCUUCAUCCAUUUCUUGGAUAUUUAAGAUAAACAUUACUUUCCUUCACACCCAUCUGUAAAGUGAAAGCUGUUCUCCCAAAUAUUUAAAAAGGAACUCCCUUCCAAUCCGUACAAGGGAGCAUCUCCCUUCCUGUCUGCAAAUUGGAAUCUUCUAUCCCUCUUCUACCAUCAUCUAAGUGGACUGUGCCAGUGAAGUACAUGCCUUUGCCCCCAGCCUACAGGGCCUGUAGUAUCCUGUGUAUGGAGUUGCUCCACCUCUUCCCAGCCUUUGUUGCCUGUAUUUAUGAUGUACUCAUGCUGUGCUAAGUGCUGAAUUGGAGCCUGGACACCCCUGGUGGGUGGGCUUGUAGUGUUGGUUUGUCUACUUCCUUCCUUAUCACAAUAAAGUGUGGGAGUUGAAUGGA